AUGGGAAUCGACGAUGUACUUUCCCGGAUCCCGGUUAUACUCUCGUAUCCGACGGUGCUCUUGAGCAGCAAUUUGAUCGUGAGCAGAAGUGGUGAGAAUGCAGCUGGCACCACUGGAUUUGGAUUUGCAGAGCUUCUUUUAGAGCAACUGAUAGCACCAUUGCUGUGUGCAUCAGCCGUGGCUGCCCUGGGUGGAGCUUUGGGUUCAAUUGAGCGACUGGGCUCUGUCUUCGGAUUGGCUUUCGUGAGUUUCUCACUCAAUUCGCUAUUAGGGCAUAUCCAAAGUUCUGUUUUGUCGGCUCUACUUUUGCAAAUAAUCAGUGGUGCAACCGCUUUCAAUGCCCUGUAUGCUGUCUUUCCAGCUCUAAGCUUACUCAUUGACUACAUUCAAAACACAUCCUAUUCUAAGACCAUUGCGAGUUAUCUUGUGAUUUUACUGACUCUCUACCUUAAAAACGUCAAAUUGCCAGGCAUGAACAUACUGCGUGGCAAGCAGCUGAGACCUGUACAUUUUGCAUCUUUCUCCGUAAUUUUGGCCGUUUUUUUGCACAUGUUAGUGACAGAUCACUUCGGGCUCAUACCAAGCAUGGUGCAAUCGGGUCUCAAGGUACAACAUUCCAUGAUGUUUGUUUGUCUCGGGUGCCUGGGGCUGCUAUUCGUCAGUUGGAAGGAAAUUUGUCGCGAUUCCAACAUGACAAGCGCACAGAGAGCCCUGAGCUCCCAUUACAUUCCCCCGGUAUUGGGAUUUGCAGCAAUGGCGUUGCAAUUUAUAUCGUCUAACACACUUCCAUCUGCUCUUGCAACAGAUUCCACGCUCUUGGCGUUCAUCGUGGUCAGUGGUGUUGUGUCACUCAGGACUAAACAAUAUACUGGAGUUGAGCACACGGAUAGUGCCGAAAUGGUUUGCGAAAAACAGUCCCACGAACAUUCUCACACGCAUGAUCAUGGUCAUAGUCAUGAUCAUUCUCAUAGUCAUGCUCACCAUCACGUCCCUAGUUCGAACUCUGAUGAAAGCUCGUCUCCUAGUUCCAGGCUACUCCUUCAACUUGCUACGAACCCGGAAACAAGGACCAUUUUCCUGUUCCUACUACUAAACACUGCUUUCAUGUUCGUACAGUUACUCUAUUCCUUCCGUUCCAAGUCCCUCGGGCUACUAUCAGAUUCCCUACACAUGGCUUUGGACUGCCUAUCACUUCUGCUCGGACUGGUUGCCGGGAUCUUAUCCAAAAGGCCCGCAAACGACACAUUUCCCUUUGCCCUUGGCUAUCUUGAGAAUUUAGCAGGUUUCACUAAUGGUGUGCUGUUGAUUGGCAUUGUCUCUGGAAUUUUAGUCGAGGCCAUUGAUAGGAUUUCAAAUCCAACUACUCUACUGGAAACCACUGAACUUUUAGUGGUUUCUUUCUUAGGGCUACUAGUAAACCUUGUCGGACUUUUCGCGUUUGAUCACGGUGGACACAGCCAUGAUGGCGGCAAUGAGAACAUGAGAGGCAUCUUCUUGCAUAUCAUGGCCGAUACACUUGGUUCAGUAGGGGUCGUUAUUUCUACAUUGUUGACGAAAUUGUUUGGUUCUCAGAUUUUUGACCCCAUAGCUUCAAUAUUCAUUGCUGUUUUGAUUCUUUUAAGCUCCAUUCCUUUGAUCAAAUCAACCACCACAAGCAUACUACUGAAGCUCAACGAUAAGCAAGCAAAUAACCUCAAAAGUGCUCUAAAUCAAAUUUCAAUGACUCCAGGCAUCACUGGUUACACCACACCUCGGUUUUGGCCUUUAACGUCAUCUGCUUCGCACGGAGGACAUUCGCAUUCCCAUGGCCAUUCUCAUUCGCAUGCCAGUGAAAAAUCAGAAAGUGAUUCUUCAUGCCAAACGGGAGAAUCACAGACUCUCAUCGGCUACAUUCACGUUCAGUACAUGGAAGGGGAGAACUCCACCAUAAUAAAGAAACGCGUGGAAAAAAUACUGAAGGACGCGAACAUCAAAUCCUGGGUACAGGUUGAACCUAAGGAUUCGGUGUGCUGGUGCCGAUCUUCUGCCGUGUCCAACGCAUCUCCCCUUCCUUGA